CUCCAUCAAGGCUUCUUUCUCCAACUUCUGGACUCAUGGAAGAGGGAAACCAGACCAGCAGCUUUGAAUUUCUUCUCUGGGGCCUCUCAGAGCAGCCAGAGCAGCAGCCCAUCCUCUUCCUGGUGUUCCUGUGGAUGUACAUAGUGACUGUGACUGGCAACCUGCUCAUCGUCCUGGCGAUUCUCACUGACAAGCGUCUCCACACACCCAUGUACUUCUUCCUUGCCACCCUGUCCUGUGCAGAUGUUCUUUUCACCUCUAGCACUGUGCCCAAGGCCCUGGUGAAUAUCCAGACUCACAGCAGGUCUAUCUCCUACGCAGGAUGCCUGACCCAGCUCUACUUCUUCUUGACCUUUGGAGACAUGGACAUUUUUCUCCUGGCCACAAUGGCCUAUGACCGCUAUGUGGCCAUCUGCCACCCCCUCCACUACAUGAUGAUCAUGAGCCCCAGGCGCUGCGUCCUCCUGAUCGCCACCUGCUGGACUCUUACUAAUUUUGUUGCGAUGACCCACACCUUCCUCAUGUUCAGACUUUCCUUCUGCUCUAAGAAAAUCAUUCCUGACUUCUUCUGUGAUCUGGGACCCCUAAUGAAGGUGUCCUGCUCUAACACUCAGGUCAAUGAGCUAGUACUUCUCUUCUUGGGGGGAGCAGUCAUAUUAGUCCCCUUUAUACUCAUCCUGAUCUCUUAUAUCCGCAUUGUUGCUGCCAUCCUUAGAGUCCCUUCGGCACAGGGAAGGCACAAGGCCUUCUCUACCUGUGGUUCCCAUCUUGCUGUUGUCGCUCUUUUCUUUGGGACAGUGAUCAGAGCUUAUCUGUGCCCCUCAUCCUCUGCAUCCAACUCGGUAGAACAGGACACAGCAGCUGCUGUCAUGUACACAGUGGUGACUCCUCUAUUAAAUCCUUUCAUUUAUAGCCUGCGGAACAAGGACAUGAAGGGAGCCCUGGGAAGACUUAUCAGGGGCAAAGUACUGUUUUUGAAAUGCCAAUAAGUUUUGGAAAGAGACUUUCAGAUAUAACCCUCCUUUUUUUUUUUUUUUUUUUGCCUCCAGGGUUAACACUGGAGCUUGGUGCCAGCAUUAUGAAUCCACUGCCUCUGGAGGCCAUCUUUUCCCAGUUUCUAUUGGAUAGGACAGAGAGAAAUUGAGAGAAGAGGGGAAGAUAGA